CCUUUGGCUACGGCUUCGUGUCUCCGUUUUACUUUGCUUCGCUGCGCGCGGGGGUCGGUUCCCGACAGCCGCGUGUCGGUUGCGAUUCGUUUUCCUAACGACUGGCGGUUGUCAGUGGAGCCUGGGAAAGAUGUGGCCCGCUGUAAUCUCAGCAAGUGGUCAUUUAAAAUCAAAAUGCUUCAGAGCCUGUUGGAAGUAGUGGAAUAUGAGAGCCCACUCUCCAUUAUAUAGCGUUCCUGUAAGAUGCGAGUUUGUGGUGUGCUUGGAAAGCAGAGGUUUACAGGUGGUCGUAGCUUUCUUUCCUGUUGGAGCUGUGGCUCUUAGGGCACAGUCAGUCAUUCCCGUGGAUUCGAUGGGAGCAGAGACACCUUCCAUGUCAGUGAACAGGUAGAAAAGGGAAUAUUUGGACUGAGCCUACUAACUGCCUUCUUACACUCUGAAAAGCAGUGUGACUAGGCACAUACCAAGGGGAAAAACAGCAAAUUACUGCCUUAGCUGAAAAUUAGUUGGCAGUCCAAACAAAGUUUAGAGCAUUUCCAAAUUAUUGCAGGAGUGGCCUGACCUGGAGGGGACCCUUCCUUCUUUUGUCAAGAAAUAAGUCUUACAGAUGGGCCAGGCUGUCUGUAGCUGUCCAGAAGGAUCAUACAGGAUCACUUUAUUUUGCUUAAAUGGUAUUGUAUAAUCUUAAUAUUUCUGAAUGUGUUCAUACAAUAGUUGAGAGGUGGUGAUUCUGUUGGUAGUUAUAGUCCAGGGUAUGUAGAAGCAGAUUCUGGUUUAGUCUGUAUACUUUGGCUUGACAAACAAACUGAAAGAAUGGACCUUUGAACUGAUACCAUUUUUAGAUCUUAGGGAAGUACAGAACGUAACUGCUGGUCAACAGGAAUUACUUAAUUUUGUUUCUAAGUCAGUGAGCUGGCAGUGCUGCCUUGGUAAGGUAUUUACUAAGCUGCAGAGUCAUUUUUAAAGUGAAUCUGUUUCCUGAUCAGGAGGGAAAAUUACCUCUUUAUCAGUCAAAACCUGAACAUAUAGUGAACUACAGAGCCUUUGAUUACAUCAAAAUGUUUAUAUUAUAUACAGCAGAAACAGUUUUUCUGCUAGAAUUUAAUCUUUAAAAAUCCAUAAACUUUAAAGAAUGAGAGUGUCACACCUUAGAACUGUUUGUUACUUCUCCCUAAAUUUCUGACUAAUCUACUAAGAAGGCAAAAUGGAGAUGAAAUAAUUCUAGGAUACUGGAGUUUGACUUGUAGGCCCAGUCUUGAAACAGAGCACUGUGUUUAUGAAGAUCUUUUUAUAGUUGCUUAUUAGUGUGCUCAAAAUGCCUGCUUGCAGUGAAGCUUCUUGCUCAUUCAAGGGAGAAUGUGUUCUAGGCACUCUUUAAAAGCUUCAAAAACUUCCAUGUGGUUUUUGUUUACUGCAUGAUUCAGUGAGGCUUUUCUGAGCUUCUCAUAGAACAUCCUUGGAGAUUGGAUUUGGAUUUAAAAAGAAGUUCUGGAAGAAUAGUAUGGGCAAGGAGCACAGCCAGAUUGCCAUAUGCAAUGGACACUGAUCUCAGUUCCCAGGACAGGAAGGACCUGGACAAGUUCAUCAAAUUUUUUGCUUUAAAGACAGUACAAGUAAUUGUCCAGGCCCGACUUGGAGAGAAAAUCUGUACCCGUUCAUCAUCCUCCCCAACAGGUUCUGACUGGUUCAAUUUGGCAAUCAAAGAUAUACCAGAGGUUACUCAUGAAGCAAAGAAAGCCCUGGCAGGACAGCUGCCCGCUGUUGGACGGUCUAUGUGCGUGGAGAUCUCUCUCAAAACCUCAGAGGGGGACUCCAUGGAGCUGGAAAUUUGGUGUCUAGAAAUGAAUGAAAAGUGUGACAAAGAAAUCAAAGUUUCAUACACUGUAUACAACAGGCUGUCUCUACUGCUGAAGUCUUUGCUUGCUAUAACCAGAGUAACUCCAGCCUACAGACUCUCAAGGAAACAAGGCCAUGAAUAUGUAAUAUUGUACAGGAUAUAUUUUGGUGAAGUCCAGCUGAGUGGCUUGGGAGAAGGUUUUCAGACAGUCCGUGUUGGGACAGUGGGUACCCCAGUGGGCACCAUCACUUUGUCUUGUGCCUACAGAAUCAACCUUGCUUUCAUGUCAACCAGGCAGUUUGAGAGGACCCCUCCUAUCAUGGGGAUUAUAAUUGAUCACUUUGUGGACCGUCCCUAUCCCAGCUCUUCACCCAUGCAUCCCUGCAAUUACAGAGCUGGUGAGGACAAUGGUGCAGUGUACCCCUCAGUAGAAGAUUCCCAAGAAGUGUGUACCACAUCUUUUUCCACCUCUCCUCCAUCUCAGUUGAUUGGUCCAGGCAAAGAAGGGGGAGUUCCCCCAGUUCCUAGCCAGCCAGCACAUGGCACUCAAGCUGACCAAGACAGGAUGUGCACCCCACUGGAUGGAGUCCAUUACUCAGCAGCUACUCCUUCUAGCAGUGAGGACACAGAAACAGUAUCCAACAGCAGUGAAGGAAAGUGUGGCUCCCCACAUGACCUUUUGGAGACCAUCUUUGUCCGGAAGGUGGGAGCUUUUGUCAACAAACCCAUUAACCAGGUGACCAUGGCCAACUUAGACAUUCCUUUUGCCAUGUUUGCUCCCAAGAAUGUUGAGCUGGAAGAUAACGACCCCAUGGUCAAUCCUCCUGAAUCCCCAGAAACGGAAUCUCCUCUACAAGGCAGCUUACACUCAGAGGGCUCCAGUGGCAGCAGCACAGGGAACACCCAUGAUGACUUUGUUAUGAUUGACUUUAAGCCAGCAUUUUCAAAAGAUGACAUUCUUCCAAUGGACCUGGGGACAUUUUACCGUGAAUUUCAGAAUCCCCCUCAACUCAGCAGCCUCUCCAUUGACAUUGGAGCACAGUCCAUGGCAGAGGAUUUGGACUCGUUACCAGAGAAGCUGGCAGUCCAUGAGAAAAACGUCAAAGAAUUUGAUGCUUUUGUGGAAACCUUGCAGUGAAGCUGUUUCCCAGUUCUGCUGCAGCAGUUCUUUCUCCUCAAGGCAUCCUGGAGAUGACAUCAACAAAUAUCUCUAUGCCCCUGCUCUGCCUUUGUACACAUUGACUAGUUCUUUCCAUCAACUGAGCUUUCUUUUCUCUCUUCAGUGACAGAUAUGGCUCAUCUGCUGAUUCUCCUCAACUUUUCCACAUAGUUCUGGACUGCUUUUCCUGUUCACAGUCAGUUUUAAGACUUCAGUAGGGAUACAGGAGGCUCAAACUCCAGUGUAUGGAAACUUACUGUCUCCUCAGUCUGUGUUCUGUAUGGAGGGGCUUUGUGCCAAGUUGCCAGAUGCUUCCUUCCUAUGGUGUAAGUUCCCUAGGUAGAGCUUCUUGCUAACAGACAUUUUCCUACAGUCUCUGAUCCUGUAAGAGCAUAGAAAGCUUUGGCUUAUUUCCAGAGUCUCUGAGUUCAGCAAAUUCAACCGUUUGAAGUCCAGGACAUCCAUUCCACAGAACUGGGCAUUUCAUCCUGACUUCAGAGUGUGUGCUUGGAGCCCAGGGAGAGACGUCUUUGGGACCUGAAUAAUACAAGUAACCUUUGUUUUCCUGCUUCUCAGGAACUGGGUCUCUACACAGUGAUUUUGUGCAAGGCCCUCUGUUAGGUGGCUGAUAAGCAGGAGUGAAACUACAGGAAUGCUUUCCACUUUCCUUCCCGAGUGCACUGACACUCGGCCAUGCUGAGUUUAACAGUGCUGACUGUUGGCAAGCCUGCACAUAGCAGCUGUGAUGCUGAAUUCAUAGUCUCUGCUUCUGAAACAUAACUGUAAAUACUAGGAAUCCUAUUUCUUUAGGGUUAUGUAACUAGGAGUCUUAGUUCAAGAUUUUUUCCUCUAAUCCUUGCAAGCCUUCCUGCUUUAUGGUUAAUAGAUGAUCUUAAGAAUUAAAAAAUAUUUAUUGCUUUUAAAGAAACCUUAUAUUUAAAAGAUGUUCUGUUUUCAUGUUAUAGUGCGGGUCAUUCUGUCCUGAUCACUGCAGAGAGCAAGUGUGCCAUGGAACCCUGACCAGUGAGACUGGGCUCUCUUUGCAGGAAAAUAUCCAAGAUAUUUAUUUUCUAUGACAGACUUGAUUAAUAUUAUACUCUGUUUUGGGGACUGUGUGUCCAUUACAUCCAGUCAGGGCUCACUGAUAAAAUGAAAUGCACACAUCAGUGGAAUGGAGUGGCAGGGACUUGGUUAAAAGCUGUUUUCUGAUAGGCAUGGAUGAAUUUGUAGUGUUCUUUGGCCAUUCAGAAGGCAGCUUCUUUAAAGAAGCACACUUUUUUGGGAAGCUUAUGGUACUUUCUAAUCAGCUGGCUUUUGAGUAGCUGAAAUUUUAUUUUUGUAAUAAUCUGGCCAUCGACAGUGUGACUGGCUGGCAUUGCUCUAUGGGUAAUUUGGCUGUUGCAUGUCUUCUGCCUCAUGUAAGGAUGGGAGGAGAAACAGUGACACUAAGCAGAAACUUCAAUAAGGUGGGUUUUCUUGUGGUUCUCUCUCCUCCUCCCCCAUGUAACUAGAGUAAGCAACUGCAAGACCCCUUACUGUCCAAAGCCACUUUUUUUUCCCCCUUCUUUCUUUUAAGUGGAGUUGUGUUGCUUGAGUAGUGAGAAAGCAUCUUCAUUUCCUCAGAGUGGCUGAGUAACCAGCCUUCUAGGUGGUGCAGUGUGGCAGCCUCUUCAGCUUAGCUGCAUUCACAGUUGGAAGAGAUUGCCUGCAGCUGAUGGGGGAACCCCAGCUCCACUCUAGAACAGUGUAGUAUUUCUGUGCCACUGCUGGAGCAAGGAGCCAAAUUCAGAACAGAGCUUACUCUCAGGCCAGAGCAAUGCAAUGCUUUGAACUUUACGAGAUUUUUUUGUUGAAGUGUUUGGUGGGAGGCCUUGUAAGUUCUAAAACUCCAGGUAAGAGCUUCAUUGGAAAAAGUUACCCACCAGAACCUUUUUAUUUUACUCAGCCAAUUCAAGUUUUUAGCAUGGAAAUCGGUUUGUGUGUGCAAAGAUGCACAAACAUUUAAGAAAGCUUCCAAGAUGAAACAGUUUUUAACACAGCUUUAGUUACAAGGGCUGUAACAAAUACUUGAUCCCCAUCCAAGAGCCACCUUGUUUCACAAGGGUCACAGAAGGGUGCAGGAACACAAGGAAUUAAUGGAUCAACUGCCUCUCACCUGUGCUCAGGAAGUUGGUCUGCCAUUUUGUAGGAAGUAGCUCAUAGACAGGUGCUUGUCACCUUUAGUCUCUAAAGUGAUACUAUCUGGGCUGCAGAGCAGCAGAGAUGAGGCAAAGUGCUGGUUCACACUGUCUGAAUAGAGAAUAGUUGAGGUUAAAGUUCACCUAGCCAGCACUCCUGCUAUGCUCAUCUGCUGACAAGCUGUAGAGCUGGCAGGGAGCAGUGCCAUUCUUGUUAAUCCCACCCAGGAGGUCAGGGCUUGUACUUGUGCUCUUUAUUGAUGGAGUUCCUAACGUGGCUACAGCUCUCACAUCUCAUAAGGCAGAAUGUCACUGUGGCACGUUUUCUUCUCUUCAGAAGGCUGGAAAAUUGCCUAUAUAAGCUGCUAGUGUUGAGCUGGAUGGCCACAGCAAUAAGAGAUUCUCCAGGGCUGAGUUACCUGCCUCUUCUCUGGACAUUCCUCAGUUUCAACACACAGAUGCUACAUCUAGGCUCUGAGUUCCCUGACACUGCACAAAUGCUCUGCUUCAGUAAAGAUCUAGCUGCUGCUGUGGCCUGCCACAGAUUGUGUUAUGAAGGCUGUUUAUUUUAGCAGCUCUCUGCUCAACUCAAUAUUAAGGACAGUAUGUAUGUAGCUGCUGAUUUACAGAUACUUUGGGUGGAGAGGAAGGCUCCUCAAGUGUAUUGUUUUGGAAAGUCUCCGGUGUACUUCAAGUAUUCAAAGAAUUUCCAAUAAAACUUUUGUGUAAGCAAAA